UUUAAACGUUUUUGCAAACGACUCAUUCAACAAAACAGCGGACCCCUCAUAGCUAAUGCACACUUUUAAAACGGAUUACUCAGAGCCUUAUUUAUUCAUUCCAGCCAGGCAGAGCAGCAGUAGCCAUUGACGUUUUACGUAUGAGACGUGGUUUUCUAUUUGUGCAGUUCUUCAGCGAGGGAUUAGGGCAGAUUGGUUCGGUUUGAGCAGCAUUAACUGCGGGUGCUUUUGCAACUGCAGUACAUCAAAGGUUUACCUCUGCAAUGUCAGAUCUGCAAGAGACGCUGGAUUAGGAAAGGCAUUUCAUAUUUUUUGCAUUUACAACAAGAAUUCAACGAAACUGUCACGGUCUAAAAUUAUAUAUAUUUUUUACAAAAAGGUUCCGAAGACUGAAUGAAAUCGCCCAGUUGUCGCCUUCGGAAACUGUGGUAGUCACAAAGACACAGUGUUGUUUUCACCUCAAGUACAACACUAGCCAUUUGGUGAGAGCAUAAGGAACGACUGGAGUAAUGGCUACUCUUUUAAGAAAAAUAGGUCUGAUUCGACUUCACGACCGAGACACCGAGGAUCCUAAGCAUCACCAGGGCUCGUUCAAAGGCAGCAAAAGCAACCAGAAAAACAACACUAAGCACUGCAACACGAGCAGCGAUAGCAACAGCAUUCUCAAUCCCCCCGAUACUAAAACGAAGAAAUCUGAGCAAUCAAAUAAGGACAAGCCGCCUGCCAAAGAGAAGCAGACGAACAAGGACAUCAAGGAAAAACAGCAAGUGGCAGCAAGCAAAGCGCCCGCCACCCCAUUGCAACCACUCGUACCGCACAGGCCGCACUGCACCCAGGUCAGGACUAGGAGGUUGAUGAAGGAACUGCAGGAAAUUAAAAGGCUUGCUGACAAUUUUAUAACGGUGGAGCUGGCCGACGACAACCUUUUCGAAUGGAAUGUCAAGUUGCAUCAGGUGGACAGAGACUCUGCUCUAUGGCAGGACAUGAAGGAUACCAACACUGAGUACAUCUUGCUCAAUAUUUCAUUCCCCGACAAUUUCCCUUUCUCUCCGCCCUUCAUGCGGGUGUUGACCCCUCGGCUAGAGAAUGGCUACGUACUCGACGGAGGGGCUAUCUGCAUGGAAUUGUUGACCCCCCGCGGCUGGUCCAGCGCAUACACGGUGGAAGCAGUAAUGAGGCAAUUUUCUGCGAGUCUGGUAAAAGGACAGGGCCGGAUCUGCAGGAAAGCCGGUAAGUCCAAGAAAUCUUUCAGCCGUAAAGAUGCAGAGGCCACCUUUAAGAGUCUGGUGAAAACCCACGAGAAGUACGGCUGGGUGUCCCCUCCUGUGUCUGAUGGCUGAUGCAGCAGUCUUUUUACCUUUCACAAGACUCAGAAACCUACCAUCGUCCUCAAUGCUGCGCAUCUCCCAUCCUUUCUACUUUUAGUACUUUCAUCUAGGUGCCUUGGGGCACAUGGUGACAUUUAACUUAUUCAUGAGCAGAUGUGUUUACAGCUAAAUCUCGCCUAGUGGAUUGUGUUUCAGAACUGGAUAUGGCUCAUCGGAACCGAUAGCCCUGCUAAUGUCAAGUUUGUUCCCAUUCCUUCCACGUGACCCACAUCAUCUUGUGUGCAGUCACUCUCCCUCAAUGCCAGCAACGUACUACACUGACUGGCAUCAGCAUUUCCAUCCAUCGCUGCUCCUGUCAUUAAAAUGCAAAUGAAGCUGUUAAUAUUUGAUAGAUAGGCAGUGCAUCUGAGUUCACUUUUUGCUGUGCUAUUUUUCACAAGUCACUGCAACUUGAAGAUUGUAAUUUAUGUGGAGCUGUGCUCUGUCUGUAUGUAUGUCUGUCUCUCUCUCUCUCUCUCUCUCUCUCUCUCUCUCUCUCUCUCUCUCUCUCUCACUCGCUCGCUCGCUCUAUCUUGUGUGGCUAAAUUUAGGUUUCACUGUGUUGUGUAGAUGGCCAUUGAUUUCCUAUGACAAAAAAAUAUGUUGCUUUUGUGAAGGUAUUGUAAAGAUAAAACCCAAUUACAGAUUAUUAUGGCUGUUUAUUGAUUCUAUCAUCUAUUUUGGGAAAGACAAGUAGUGUGUUUUGCUGAUGCUUUGGAUACCAGAUGUCUGCAUUGAAGUGACCUGAGUGACCUGAGCAACAUUAAAAUAGUAUAAAUUAAAACCACUGACAACAGAAAUAUUGUGGAUGAAGUUAAAAGACUCAGGUCAGAGAUUGAUAAAGACCAACUUUGGAUGCCUGUAUUCAUUUAAAAAAAGUUAGUAAGAAGUAUUUUGCAUUGGUUUAUCUGCAGUGACCAUUGUUGUGUAAAAUUAUGAAACAGAGUUGCUCUGAGGAUAUGCAUUCCAUAAACCUCUGCUAAUCCACACUAUUAACUUGAAUUCAAGACUGAAGGAGAAACCAUGACAAUGACUAAGAUGCUACUGUCACCUAAGGCUAUAAUACUGCAUGUUUCCAAUGUUCACAACAUACUGUCGCACAAAUGUUGAAGCCACUGUAUUUACCUUCUAAUAUGAAAACUAUAUAAAUAAGUACCUGGGUUUCUUACAGUACAGGUAAAGCCCAAGCAGGAUCAAUUACUGUAUUUUAUGGCUGAAGGUUUUCAAGGCUCCAAAAGUGUCCUUUGGUUGAAGAAUCAAUAAAGAAAUGGCUCAUUGAAUUACUCAGGUCGCUCUAUGUACUAUGUCGCUCACUAUAUGUCACUAGAAGUGAGUUGAAAGAGAUUUGAAAUGUUUCCUUUUUUAUGUCCAUCAGUAGCAGACCAAGAUUAGACCAUUUUGAACUGGUAUUCUGUCAGCACCAGUUCAGACUGCAGGCUGGCAGAAAUUGGUCUUUCCAAAUUUUCUAAAUCGAAGAAGGGACCGAUGUCUGACAAUCAGUUCAAGAUUGUAUUGUAGAUUGUGAAUGGCACUGGCAGCAGCCAGUCACUGAUUGAUAUUGAAAUGAGAGGAUAUCUACAUUUAGAGCUCAGUUUAAUGGUGCUGAUGGAAAUGUAGCAUCAGCGAAUACUGAUCUGGACAAUACAGGUAAUGCUAUCAAAGGAUAUGUUUUGUUUACAAGUAGUUAAACAAAAAGUUACACCUUCAACUAACCUACAGCUGUCUUAACAAUUGACUUCCAUAACGUCUGUCAACAAACUACCUGACUGAUUUAAUGGUACAAAAUUAAGAAUAACCUAUUGGUAACAAUUAGGAUUCAAUUCCUGUCAUGAUUAAUUACUAUUCUAAUAACUGAGGAACUUGGAAUUGUUUUCUGCAUUGAUUUCUUUGUUAAUCCAUUUGGCCAGUAAAUAAUAAGGCCACUGAUUAUCUAAUCAGACAAAACAUGAAGCUCCAAUCGUUGUAUUUCUGCACUGGCAUUACUGAAUAGGGAGGGAAUGUCCAACCCUUACAGUAAUUUUAGGAGAAACGCAAACAAGGAAACAGCACUGCUGCCUCAAUGAAUACCGAAUGCUUGCAUUGCAGUACUGUACUGUACUUUACUGUACUGUGUAUGACUUCCAACUCACCCAAUGUAUUUAUACACUCCUGUGUAUUUAUUAUAAUGCCUGUAGUUGCAUUCAUUAUGUUGCAGAAUUGUGAUUUAGUAUGACCCAAACCCUAAAGCUCAGUGGCUUACAUUGUACAAAAAGAACAGUACAUACUUAAGUGAAUAAAACCCUCUAAAUCCUCCUUCCUUAGUACAAUAGGGCACAAAUACAAAGAGAGUUUGCAUAGUUUAUAUCAAGGAGACAGAGCCACCUCUCUACCUUCCUUCAUACCAUUGAUGGGUGAUCACUCAUGAAAGCAGCAGGACAUUCUUAUUUAUGUCACUAAAAUAAACACCAAAUGGAAUGAAAUUCUAUUCAAUUCGAAGGUCAGAUGUUUUGUGGUUGUCACUAGAAAGAGCAGGCAGGUUUGUGUGGCAGAGGGUUCCAUUGUCUCAAGGCAUUACCAAUUAGGCGACCAUCCAUUGCCCCUUCACAUGAUGUUACAGUGGGGCGACUGCACAUUUGAUGUAUGCCUAAGCUAGUCUUGAACCAUUGUUUCUUCAGUCUAGUGUAGCGCUUUAGCAAAUUUACAGGAGGUUACUAAAAGAUUUUGUAAGCAUGAAUUAAUUUGUCAGCCUAUAAUAACUGUAGAGUCUGUUACACCAAUUUGUUCAUGGAUAGAGUUUUGGUAGCUUAAAAAUAUAUAUGAAUUAAGUGUUGGCAUCAUCAUCUGGUAUCUAAAUGCACAUUCUGCGGAAAACCACUGAUUGUGUUUUUUUGGGGUUUUUUUUUGUUUUUUUUUCUUCUCAUUUGUACAGCCAGUCAUUUCAAAGUGUUUUUUAUGUGAUUUUAAGAACCUGUGUUAGGGAAUAUUAUAAUAAAUUUAAUUAUAAGAAGUCAAAAUAUCAAAAUUGGCUGCUUGCUGAAUUAUGAACAUACAAUUUGUGAUAGAUUUUAGAAUGAUAGUUUGCAGAAAAAGAAAAAAAAAAAUUAAAGUAAUUGUCCAAACAAGUGAGAUGAUUUUGUUAUCUUGUAGUGGCAUGUGAUCUCAGUGAUUAUUCUUUUCUGGUUUCAAAAAAAAAAAAAAA